AUGCCCUCCGGAUCUCUCAGGUCAUCAAGACUCAAAGUACCACGCAAGGUCAAAUCGAUCCCUGGCCUCCCCACCACUUCUUCUGAUGGCCAUCUCAACUUAUGCUUGCAACCAGGGGUGAAGAGGCUGAACCAGAUUGCAGAGGAAAGUGCAGAAGGAAUAAGGAAGUGCCAAACAAUGCUGCAGAAUAUGCCUGUUGAUGUUCGACAGGUUAUGAACUGCGUUGCACUGGCAUCCGGUGCUGAAGCAUUCACCCUGAAUUCCGAUUUGCGCCGGUCUUUUCUGCUCAUUGUUGUAGACAGCGACAACGAGUCUUACAUAGGGAGAGACUUUAGACUUCUAAGUUGA